AACAUCUUGGGGACACCCCGGGGACUCCCCGCUGCACCCCAUCACGCAGCAAAUCGGGGGCCAAACCCGACCCCCAGCAGACUUUUACCCGCUGCGGCGAUGUCACCCUGUUGUCACCGGUCCCUCGGUGGCCGUCACGGGUCCCCUGUAGUCACAAAGCUCUCUCUUUUUUUUAAAAUUAUUUUUCCCCGGUUUUUGCAGGUUUUUGCAUGGGCAGAGCCCCGCCGCGGCCAUGGGGCAGAGCGAGUCGGAGCCGCAGGAGGAGGCGGAGGAUGCGUCCCUGACCUCCGUGCUGCCCAAGCUCUUCGCCGAGGAGCAGCUCCCCACCGGCGCGGUGCUGGGAGCGAUGCUCGGCCUCGGCCUCUUCGCCGUCAUCGUCGCCGUUGCCAUCGUGGUCCUGGUCCGCCGGCUGCGCCUUAAGAAAAUACCCACGCAGGGAGCGCCGAAAUAUCGCUUCCGAAAGCGGGACAAGAUGCUUUUUUACGGCCGCAAGAUCAUGCGCAAGGUCUCCCAGUCCACCUCCUCCUUGGUGGACACCACCAUUUCCAGCGCCUCGCGGCCCCGGAUGAAGAAGAAGCUCAAGAUGCUCAACAUCGCCAAAAAGUUCCUGCGCAUCCAGAAGGAGCUGCCCACGCUGCAGCUGAAGGAGCCUCCCCCCUCGGUGCUGGAAGCUGACUUGACCGAAUUCGACGUGGCCAAUUCCCAUCUUCCUUCCGAGGUUCUCUACAUGCUCAAAAAUGUCCGGGUCCUGGGCCACUUUGAGAAGCCGUUGUUCCUGGAGCUUUGCAAGCACAUGGUUUUCCAGCAGUGUCAACAAGGUGAUUACGUUUUCCGUCCCGGACAGCCCGACACCAGCAUCUACGUGCUGCAGGACGGCAAGUUGGAGCUCUUCCUCACCGAACCGGAUGGGAAGGAGACGGUGAUGAAGGAGGUGUUCCCCGGCGACAGCGUGCACAGUCUGCUGAGCAUCCUUGAUGUCAUCACGGGCCACCAGCGACCAUACCGGACUGUGUGUGCCCGGGCGGCAGAGGACUCCACCGUGCUACGGCUGCCGGUUGAAGCCUUCUCUGCCGUCUUCGAGAAGUACCCGGAGAGCUUGGUGCGGGUGGUGCAGAUCAUCAUGGUGCGCCUGCAGCGUGUCACCUUCUUGGCUUUACACAACUACCUUGGGUUGACGAACGAGCUCUUCAGCCAUGACAUGCAACCGCUACGGCUCUUCCCCCAACCCGGCCACGCCGCCCGCACCAGCCCCGUCCGCCACGGCAAGCGGGGGCUUAGCAGUGCCGAUGAUGGCAGGGAACCGGCCGACCCGCUGAAAGCCGGAGGCCUGGAGACCGCCGCGCCGCCGCCGCCGUUGAGCCGUUGCAUCUCCAUGCCGGUGGAUAUCUCCGGCAUCCAGAAAGGUCCCCGCUCCGACUUCGACAUGGCCUACGAGCGCGGCCGCAUCUCGGUGUCGCUGCAGGAGGACAGCACCGGCGCCUUGGCCGCCUUCUCCAGGUCCGUCUCGCACGAGCCUAAGGAACGCAAGUCGGUGACGGUGGAGGAGCAACCGUCUGGUGUCUACCACUACAACUACUGCGAGGACGAUUCGGCAACCGGGGACUGUCCCUUCGGGCCUUACCAGGGCCGCCAGACGAGUGCCAUCUUUGAGGCUGCCAAGCGGGAGCUGGUCAAGCUCAUGAAGGUGGAGGACCCUUCCCUCCUCAACAACCGUGUCUUGCUCCACCACGCCAAAGCUGGGACAGUCAUUGCCCGUCAAGGGGACCAGGACGUGAGCCUCCAUUUCGUGCUGUGGGGCUGCCUGCACGUGUACCAGCGGAUGAUCGACAAGGCGGAGGACGUCUGCCUGUUCUUGACGCAGCCCGGCGAGAUGGUGGGGCAGCUGGCCGUGCUCACCGGCGAGCCCCUCAUCUUCACCAUCAAGGCCAACCGUGACUGCACGUUCCUCAAGAUCUCCAAGUCGGACUUCUACGAGAUCAUGCGGGAGCAGCCCAGCGUGGUGCUGAGCGUCGCCCACACCGUGGCCGCCCGCAUGUCACCCUUCGUGCGCCAGAUGGACUUCGCCAUUGACUGGAUGGCGGUGGAGGCCGGCCGGGCGCUCUACAGGCAGGGUGACAAGUCGGACUGCACCUACAUCGCGCUCAACGGGCGCCUCCGCUCCGUCAUCCAGAAGGGCAGCGGCAAGAAAGAGCUCAUCGGGGAGUACGGCCGCGGAGACCUCAUCGGCGUGGUGGAAGCCCUCACCCGGCAGCCCCGUGCCACCACGGUCCAUGCGGUCCGGGACACGGAGCUGGCCAAGCUGCCUGAAGGCACCUUGAACAACAUCAAGCGCAGAUACCCCCAGGUUGUCACCCGCCUCAUCCACCUCCUGAGCCAGAAGAUCUUGGGAAACCUUCAGCAGCUCCGUGGGCCCUUUGCAAGCUCCGGCUUGGGCAUGGCUUCCAGCUCAGAGCCCACCAACCCCACCAGCAACUUGUCAACGGUGGCGGUGCUGCCUGUGUGCGACGACGUGCCCACGGCUGCCUUCACGCUGGAACUCAAGCACGCGCUCAACGCCAUCGGUCCCACGCUGCUCCUCACCAGCGACAUUAUCCGUGCCCGUCUCGGCUCCUCAGCGCUGGACAGCAUCCAGGAGUACCGCCUGUCGGGCUGGCUGGCACAGCAGGAGGACAUCCACCGCAUCGUCCUGUACCAAACCGACUGUACCCUGACCCCGUGGACCGUGCGCUGCAUCCGUCAAGCCGACUGCAUCCUCAUCGUAGGGUUGGGCGACCAAGAGCCGGCGCUGGGAGAGCUGGAGCAGAUGCUGGAGAACACGGCGGUGCGCGCGCUGAAGCAGUUGGUCCUCCUACACCGCGAAGAUGGUCCCAGCCCUUCCCGCACCGUUGAAUGGCUCAACAUGCGCAGCUGGUGCUCGGGCCACCUCCACAUCAAGUGUCCCCGGCGCGUCUUCUCCCGCCGUAGCCCCACCAAGCUGCGGGAGAUGUACGAGAAGGUGUUUGAGAAGAGCGCCGACCGGCACAGCGACUUCUCCCGGUUGGCACGGGUCCUCACCGGCAACACCAUCGCCCUCGUCCUGGGGGGCGGCGGAGCCAGGGGUUGCUCCCACAUCGGGGUGAUCAAGGCGAUGGAGGAGUCGGGGAUCCCCAUCGACAUGGUGGGCGGCACCUCCAUCGGCGCCUUCAUCGGGGCGCUCUACGCCGAGGAGCGCAGCGCUGUCCGCACCAAGCAGCGGGCGCGCGAGUGGGCCAAGUGCAUGAAUUCGGUGUUUGAGACCGUCCUGGACCUCACCUACCCCAUCACCUCCAUGUUUUCGGGCUCAGCCUUCAACGCCAGCAUCAACAAGGUUUUCCAGGACAAGCAGAUCGAGGACCUGUGGCUGCCCUACUUCAACGUCACGACUGACAUCACGGCCUCGGCCAUGCGGGUGCACACGGACGGCUCGCUCUGGCGGUACGUGCGAGCCAGCAUGACCCUUUCUGGGUACCUACCGCCACUCUGCGACCCCAAGGACGGCAACUUACUGAUGGACGGUGGUUACAUCAACAACCUGCCAGCCGACAUCGCCCGCAACAUGGGUGCCAAGACGGUGAUCGCCAUCGACGUGGGCAGCCAGGAUGAGACGGACCUGUGCAACUAUGGGGACAGCCUGUCUGGCUGGUGGCUUCUCUGGAAACGUCUCAACCCCUGGGCUGAAAAAGUGAAGGUGCCCGACAUGGCGGAGAUCCAGUCCCGCCUGGCCUACGUGUCGUGUGUGCGGCAGCUGGAGGUGGUGAAGUCCAGCUCGUACUGCGAGUACAUCCGCCCCCCCAUCGACCGCUUCAAGACCAUGGAUUUUGGCAAGUUCGACGAGAUCUAUGAUGUGGGCUACCAGCACGGCAAGGUGGUCUUUGAUGGUUGGAGCCGGGGCGACAUCAUCGAGAAGAUGGUGAAGGACCGGCGCUCGGCCGACUUCUACGAGAGCAAACGCAUGGACGUGCUCACGUGUCCCAGCGCCGGCUUCACCGACUUGGCCGAAAUCGUGUCCCGCAUCGAGCCCGCCAAGCCCUACUUGUCCGACGGAUACGCCGACGAAGAGUCCGACUACCUCACCGAGUACGAGGACGAGGGGAUGGAGCCAGUGCGGGGCGAGGAGGACGCGUUCGCCCCUUCCGAGUGGGCCAGCACCGGCGCUUUGGAGGCUGUGAGUGUCCCUGGCCGUGGACGCCCUCCAAAAUGGGGUGGCCCUGGGGCAGAUCCUGCUCCUGGCCAUGGAGACCCCCCUAAAUGGACUCGGGUGACAGCCUGGAGCCCGUGGGUGCUGCGCUGUGUCCCCGUCCCGGUGUCCCCAUGUCCCGUCUCUCCCCAGGAGGAGGAGAAGAGCCUGCGGCACCGCCCGAGCCCGGCCCAGGACCCCUCCGCACCCCGCACCUGA